CCAGUUGGUGCAUAACCCAGGAUAUAUAGCUUCGCUCUGUGUUUUGUUCGUACAGAGUUUAAGUAGUGGAAAAUAUGGCUAUUAAGUCCUGUUGCAUAUUAUCGCUCCUGCUAUGGAUUUUCCUUUCCUGGCAUGGAGCUGAUGGAUAUGCUGUAUCCUUCUAUAACGCUCUCCCUCGUUAUGGUCCCAGCUGGGCAUUGAGUGACGCAGACUAUUACUUCCCAGGGCCAGCACCUCCAUUGCUUCGUCGCUAUGAAGAAAGAUCUGUACUUUAUCCACCAAAUUAUUAUUAUGGAGCGCCAUACUCCUACUACGCACCAUUUAUAGGAGGUUUUCCCUGGAGAAGUUAUCCUCAUUCUUAUUCUCCUUACUCGUAUUUGUACCGAUGAAAACGUUGCUGAUCAAAAGGUGAUGGUUGCGUUUCUUUUUAGAACAUUCUGUCAAUAAACCUUUUGUAAACAAAAUAAUCAUGAAAAUUUUAUCCAAUGUAGUUUGAAAAAUGCAGUGUUCCAUCAUAACAUAUAACAAUAUUUUAAAUGCACUCUUUUGUAAAAGUACUGACUCUGAAAACAAUAAAAAGCGAAGCAAUUCA